AUGACGGCAGCAGGGAAGCGUCAAAAGCGCGAGGACUACCGUAAAACCCACAAGGAAGAGGGCAACGCCGAGCUCCCCAAGAAGAAAUUCUACCGGCAACGAGCCCACGCCAACCCAUUCUCCGACCACCGAUUGACAUACCCCGCAAGCCCAGCCCUCAUGGACUGGUCCUCCCACUACCCUGCUUUCGUCGCACCGGACACCCAAUCAGUCGCCAAAGAUCACGCGGGGGUCAAGCCCCUGACCAAACCCGUCACGGUCGCAGAUAUCGGUUGCGGCUUCGGCGGUCUCCUCGUCGCGCUCUCGCCCCUCCUGCCCGACGAACUGAUCCUGGGGCUCGAGAUCCGCACCCAAGUGACGGAGUACGUGGAGGAUCGUAUCUCCGCUCUGCGCUCCCAGUGUGCCGACCGCUCUCCGCGCCCGUAUCAGAACAUAUCGUGCCUCCGCGCCAACACCAUGAAGUUCCUCCCCAACUUCUUCGCCCGCGGCCAGCUGUCACACAUCUUUCUCUGCUUCCCGGAUCCGCAUUUCAAAGCCCGGAAGCAUAAGGCGCGGAUCGUGUCGAGCACGCUGUGCGCCGAGUAUGCAUACGUGCUGAGGCCAGGGGGCUGCGUAUAUACGAUUACGGAUGUGGAGGAGUUGGGAGAGUGGAUGAGGAGUCGGUUCGAGGCGUUUGGGAACAGCGGGGUCGGUGGGGAAGAUGAGGGGGGUGAGAGUGGAGAGGGCCGAGCGGAAGGCAUGUUUGAGACAAUUGAGCUGCCGGAGGAGGGGAAAGAGGGAGAGUGGGUUGAUGAGGGGGGGCAGAAAGGGCUGGUGGCGAUGCUGGUGAGGUGUAUCAGGGAGGAGACUGAGGAAGGUAAGAAAGUGACGAGGAAUGGGGGAAAAAGGUUUGUGUCUGUCUUUCGAAGGAGAGAGGAUCCAGCGUGGCCGGAUGAGAUUUGA